AUGGCGGGUUCAAUUACUGAUGCCGCCGAAACGGGCAACAAAGGACCAGAAAUGAUGGCGGUGAUGUGGUCAAUGACAACACUUGCCACAGUUCUCGUUAUUGCUCGUUUAUGUGUCCGGCAGCGAAUGUUACGCAACUUCGGGUUCGAUGACUGGUUGAUCGGAGCAUCUAUGAUCUUUGGGAUAAUCUUCGUUGUGACUGCGACAGUCUCAGUGACUUAUGGAUAUGGACGACACACGAGCAAUCUUGGACCGAGGGCCACUGAGCUCGCCCUGAUGUGGAAUAUGAUCUCGUUCAUUUUCGGAAUUAUAUCCUUCGCAAUACCGAAACUGGCGGUUGCCGCACUGCUCCAUCGAAUACUGAACCCAAGCCUCAUCCAACGCAUCAUAGUGUGGGGUCUUGUCAUUCUGGUUGCUAUCAUUGCCCUCAUCAACAUCCUAAUCUACGUUACCAUGUGCAAUCCACCACAGGCACUCUGGAAACCUUCGAUGGUACUGAAAGGGGAGGGGACGUGUAGGAAUGUUUGGAUUCUUAUAAACUAUGCUACAUUCAACGGAGGUGAGCGAUGUUCGAUGGAUCUGAUUCUCACGAGAGUGAGUGAUUAA